AAAUGAUGCAAAAUUUCAUUAUAAAAAAAGCUGUUCAAACAAUAACAACAACGAUGGAUUUAUGACGACAAUUCCAAAAACAAGUAGUUUUGAUAAGUUUAAGAAACAACAACAACAACAACAUCCGAAACAACAAUCACCAUCAACAUCAUUAACAUCAUCAAGAAGUUUUAGUUGUACAUCAAUAAAAUCUAAUUCAUCGAUUACAAGCUUAAAACAAAUGAAAAGUCAACAACAACUUAAAUCAUUAUCAACAAUAAUGUUUGGAAAAAAUCCACCGGAAGAAAUAUCCAAAUCAAUGAAAAAUGAUAUUGAUUUGAAGAAAAUAAAAAACAUUAAUUUCAAGAUUAUCAAAGAUAAUCAGAUGUUAACUUUUCUUGCAAAAUAUUAUCAUAGACGACCACGACAACGACGAUAUCCACCGGUAAGUUGAUGAUUUGACUUUUAAACUGAUUUUGAAACUUUUUCUCUUUUUUUUCGGUUGAAAUAUUAAAGAAAAUUAUUGAAAAAACAACAAAACAAACAAAAAUCAAUCAUCAAUUAAUG